UUAACAUCACUACAAAUUUAAACACUACUACACCUCUCUACUUAACCGAUUUCAUCACCACAUUACUCAAACAAACAGAAAAACCAACCCAACCAUGAAUUCAACUUCUUCCUUACUAGCCAAUUUCUCACUUUUCAUUCAUGAAUUCCCCUGGCUUACUACAAUUCUCUUUGCUCUGUCUCUGCUCCCUUUUCUUCUAAGCUUUUGGUUAAUUCCAGGAGGCUUUGCAUGGAGAAAUUUCAGUCAAUCAAAAAAGUAUCCAAAACUUCCAGGUCCAUUUGGUUUGCCUUUUUUCGGCAGUUUACCGUUAAUGGGGUCAAUUCCUCAUCGUAAACUAUCCGAAGUCGCAACUCGACUUGGGGCAACAAGACUUAUGGCAUUCAGUUUAGGUAAUACGCGUAUGAUCAUCAGUAGCGACCCUGAAACCGCGAAAGAUAUCUUAUGUGGUACUUCAUUUGUUAACCGUCCGGUUAAAAUCUCGGCCAAAAUCCUCAUGUUCGAACGUGCUAUCGGUUUCGCUCCUUCUGGUGAUUACUGGAGACAGAUUAGACGUAUUGCUGCGACUCAUAUGUUUGCGCCCAAGAGAAUAUCUUCUUUAGAAGGUGUAAGAAAGAACUUGAGUGAUGAAAUGAUUGAAGAAAUUGUCAAGGAGAUGGGUUCAAAUGGAUUGGUGGAGAUGAAGGGUAUAUUAGGAAAAAGCUCAUUAUGUAAUGUUGUGGAAAGUGUAUUUGGAAGAAGUCUAAUGAGUUUAGAAGGUUUGGAAUUGAGAGAUAUGGUUGAAGAAGGUUAUGAAUUAAUUGGGAAAUUUAAUUGGGUGGAUUACUUUAAUUUCGGGUUCUUGGAUUUUCAUGGGGUUAAGAGGAGAUGUCAUAAGUUAUCUGAAAAAGUCAGGAAUUUGGUUGGUUUGUUUAUUGGAGAAAGGAGAAAAGAUGGUGAUGUCAAUGAAAAAUCCGAUUUCCUUAGUGUUUUGCUCAACUUGCCGCAAGAAGAUAUGCUAAGUGACUCCGACAUGGUGGCCAUAUUGUGGGAGAUGAUAUUCCGCGGAACGGAUACGGUAUCCAUUUUAUUGGAAUGGAUCAUGGCAAGAAUGGUGUUACACCCGGAAAUGCAAGCCAAAGCACAAGAUGAGAUCCGUUCCCGAGUUGGCAACAACAGACACGUCCAGGAUACGGAUAUCCCAAAUCUGCCGUAUCUACAAUCAAUAGUGAAAGAAGUACUACGGAUGCACCCACCAGGCCCACUAAUGUCGUGGUCCCGUUUAGCUGUUGAAGAUGUCCACAUCGACAAAUUCUUCAUCCCAGCUGGAACAACUGCCAUGGUCAAUAUGUGGGCCAUAACUCAUGAUGGGUCCAUUUGGAAAGAUCCAUCAGUGUUUAAACCUGAAAGAUUCAUCGAACAGGAUGUGAACGUUAUGGGUACGGAUCUACGUCUUGCACCGUUCGGAGCAGGUCGUAGGGUUUGUCCUGGUAAGGCGUUGGGUUUAACAACGGUGCAUUUGUGGCUUGCUCGACUCCUUCAAGAAUUCACCUGGUCUGCAGCAAGACCAGUAGAUCUAUCCGAACGUCUUCGUCUAUCCAUGGAAAUGAAGAACCCAGUUGCCUACCGAGUUGUUCGCAGGAACACGAUGAACUCCAUUUGAUUCGACACAUCGGCAACUCUACCAUUAAGUAUGUAAAUAGUAAAUUGUGUUACAUUUGAUAUGGUUUUAUGUUGUGUUUUGAGGUCGCAACUUGAUUUUAAGUUCUUGAUAUGUAAGUUAUAUAAGUAUAUAUAUAAUAAGCCUGUAACAUUCUUUUCUUAACUUUUAUUUGUAAGAGCUAGGAAAAAAAGAAGAAAAUGUUCGAUAUUC